AUGACUGGAGGCAAGUCUGGCGGCAAGGCCACUGGCACCAAGAGCAACGCUCAGAGCCGUUCUUCCAAGGCCGGUCUCGCUUUCCCCGUCGGUCGUGUCCACCGUCUCCUCCGCAAGGGCAACUACGCCCAGCGUGUCGGUGCUGGUGCCCCUGUCUACCUCGCUGCCGUUCUUGAGUACCUGGCUGCCGAAAUCCUCGAGUUGGCUGGUAACGCCGCUCGUGAUAACAAGAAGACCCGUAUCAUCCCCCGUCACCUUCAGCUUGCCAUCCGCAACGACGAGGAGUUGAACAAGCUUCUCGGACACGUCACCAUCGCCCAGGGUGGUGUCCUCCCCAACAUUCACCAGAACCUUCUUCCCAAGAAGACCGCUGCCCCCAAGGCUGCCGGCGGCCCCAGCCAGGAGCUGUAA